AUGCGAGCUAGGUGCUACAUGUUGGCUUCUAUAACCAAUGAGUUACAGAAGCAACAUGAAAAGAUGCAAUCUAUAUCUGAGAUUCUCUAUCACCUACAAGAGUUGUAUGAUGAACACAAUAGAAAUACUAGAUAUGAGAUAUCUAAACGGCUGUUUAGAAUGAAGAUGGCAAAGGGGAUGGAUAUGGGAGCCCAUGUACACAAGAUGAUUAAGCUCAUUGAGCAGCUUGAGAAUGAAGGGCAUUGGAAAAGGAAUUGCCCUGAGUAUUUGGCGUCUUUGAAGGACAAGAAGGAUAAGCCUUCAAAAGCUUGGAUUUUAAAUGCUAGUGCAAGUACUCAGAUAUGUUUUGAUAUGCAGGAACUAACAAUCAGUGAGUGCUUGGAGGCACAUGAUGUUAGACUUUGGAUUGAUAAUGGAGCAACUGUUAUAGUCUCAGCCAUAGGGUCUAAAUCAAUGUAUGUAACAACCCCCGAUCCAGCAGCAUGA